AUGGCAGGAUUGCCUGAUCAAUUGUUGCAGUGGCUGUACAGCGUGCUCCUGAAUGAAUACCACGAUGCCCAACGCGCAUAUAGCGACAGCGUCGCCGCACUCACAGCAUAUCCAUCUUUGUCGCCUCGAACCGAUGUAUACACGUAUAACACUGGACAGCCCGCGCUGCUGUUGCGGCUGUCAGGCACCCUUCCCGUCAACUUUCGCGGCACAGUCUACAGGUUCCCGGUGACAAUAUGGCUUCCGCAUGCCUAUCCUACAGACCGCGAAGGGAUCAUGGUGUUUGUGAUACCGGGGGAUGGUAUGGCCAUACGUCCUGGUCAGCACGUCAGCGUCGACGGCCGCGUCUACCACCCCUAUCUGCGUGACUGGUCUGUGAACCAACGCCCGAACAUUGUCGACUUCUUGCGCCUUCUACAGGAUGUAUUCGCUCGGGAGCCGCCUGUCGUUGCAAAACCUGCCGAGCAACCUCAAUCCGCUCACCCUCAAUCACCAAUGCAACGACCACCUCCUCCGCCUAAGGAGCAAGCUCGACCUACACAGCCUUACCCUGCAGAGAUGCCGGCUGAAACACCCCCUCCGAGGCCCCCGAAGCCUGGAGAGCAGGGCCCUGCUGCUACACCAUUCCAAAGUCGUAAUGAUGGCCCACCCCUGCCACCUCUACCCCACGAGCGAGCUCGCCAAUACACGCAACCCCAGCCAUUACCUCCACCACAGCAAAACCAACAGCACCAGAUGCCUUUACGUUCAGCUCGCCAGCAAUACCCCCAACACUACCAACAACAACCUCAGCAGCACUUCCAACAAAUGCCUCCACACAUGUCUGCCCAACAAUAUCCUCCGCAACACACCUCUCAUCAACAACCUAUGCCUGCGAAACCUGCUCCUGCUCAGGACCUUCUUGGCGAUCCCUUCGACGUCAGCAUAUCAACAACCACUGCCUCGGGUCCAGCUCCUCCAAUUCCGCCGAACCCAGAAAAGGAACAUCUCUUGCACCUCCUCUCCCAAUCUCUAGUCUCUCAGAUCCAUCAGAAAGUAAACCAAAACACUUCAGCUUUGGCUCCUCUACGCGCUCAAUCCAUCGCACUCCAAGAGGCACACUCUCGUCUAAGCAACGAGUUGUCACAGCUAACGGUCUUGGACAACACACUCACGACGAACGAACGGAUCCUGCAUCAAGCUCUUUCCGAUUGCGAUCGCGUCAUCGCUGACAGCAAAUCCACUCCACAGCCGCCCAUUGAUGAUGUCCUUGUUGCCCCCACUGUCGCAUCAACACAGCUCUGGAACUUGCAGGCCGAUGAAGCAGCUAUCCGGGAAGCCUUGUGGUGUCUACAACGCGCUGUCGGAGCUGGUAGAGUUGGCUCGGAGGUUUUCAUCAAGAUGACGAGGAGUCUCGCUCGAGAGCUAUUCUUGAAGAUGGCGCUGAGCAAAAAGGUUGCUCGGGGCUUAGGGUUAGAUGUGGGAGGUAGUAGGGCAGGGACAUUUGAGGGUGAUGAUGCUUAUGGCUACUAG